AUGUCAUCAAAAUCAAUCGAAGAGACACGGUGCGAGGAUCAUUACGUUGAUUACACUGCGUGCAAUAAAGACGGCCGUUACAUUGUCAAAUUACCGUUGAAACGACAAAAUGAGAAUUUCAGCGAUUCAAGGCCUCAAGCUCUCCGACGCCUCAACGCGUUACAAACUCGUCUUGAUUCUAAUCCCGAAGUUGAGGUAGCAUACGAAAGGGUAAUAAAAGAGUAUAUUGAGUUAGGUCACAUGUCAUUGGUGCGUGAUGAGUUUUCGAGUGGCUAUUACAUGCCUCAUCACAUGAUGAUAAAAAAGUCAAGCAGCACCACGAAGGUGCGCGUCGUCUUCAAUGCAUCUGCUAAGGCCAGUAAGGGCUUCUCCUUAAAUGACGUUUUAAUGGUUGGUCCUACAAUCCAGUCCAAAAUGUUUGAUCAUCUUUUGCGCUUCCGCACCUAUCGAUAUGUCAUCACGGCCGACAUCGCACAGAUGUACCGAAAAAUACUCGUUCACCCCGAUCACUGA